GUCUUUAAGCCCCCUCCCCCCAAACACACCUCAUCCGAAGUCGUAACAUGGGAUCGCACUGGGUAACUCACUCCCCCAGAGGUUAACUGGUUUAUUUAAAACUUUAUUUUAACUGAGUCAGAUUAUGUUCAAGUAGUCACUCUCCAUCCGAGAAAAAUUCGAAUACCGAGGAGUUAAUUCUCUAGUGAAAGGCGAGUUGGUCCUGUUUAAUUUUGGAGCAGAUUGGGAGUGAGCGGCCACGUCCGAGAUCGGCCGUGCUGGCGGAUUCUGUGCGCACCGGGAGACUGAAACGGCUCCUCUGUCUGUCUCACUGCAGAUCAAGGGCGUGUACUCUUCCAGCCAUUCGGUUCUCACUGGGGCUGCCCGCUGCGAGUCCGAGCGAGAUGUCUGGGGCGUCAGUCAAAGUGGCGGUCCGCGUGAGACCCUUCAACUCCCGGGAGAUCAGCAAGGAGUCCAAGUGCAUCAUCCAGAUGCAAGGCAGCUCCACCAGUAUUGUAAACCCCAAGAAUCCAAAGGAAUCACCAAAGACCUUCAGCUUUGACCACUCUUACUGGUCACAUACUUCGGCUGAAGAUCCAUCCUUUGCCUCGCAGACUCAAGUCUACAAUGACAUUGGGAAGGAAAUGCUGCAGCACUCCUUUGAGGGUUACAAUGUGUGUAUUUUUGCAUACGGGCAGACCGGGGCCGGGAAAUCCUAUACCAUGAUGGGCAAACAGGAUAAGGACCAUCAAGGAAUAAUACCACAGCUUUGUGAAGAACUUUUUGAGAAAAUCAAUGACAACAGCAAAUCUGACAUGUCCUAUUCAGUGGAGGUGAGUUACAUGGAAAUUUACUGUGAGCGGGUUCGUGACCUGUUGAAUCCCAAGACCAAAGGAAACCUGCGUGUUCGAGAGCACCCGCUGCUGGGCCCCUACGUUGAAGAUCUAUCCAAACUGGCCGUAACAUCCUACACUGACAUUGCAGAUCUCAUGGAUGCAGGAAACAAAGCCAGAACUGUGGCAGCGACAAAUAUGAAUGAGACCAGCAGCAGAUCACAUGCUGUCUUCACCAUAGUCUUCACUCAGAAGAGGCACGAUGCAGAAACUGACCUUUGUACAGAGAAGGUCAGUAAAAUUAGCCUGGUUGAUCUGGCUGGAAGUGAGAGAGCUGACUCCACUGGUGCUAAAGGAACAAGAUUAAAGGAAGGAGCUAAUAUCAAUAAAUCACUCACAACACUGGGAAAAGUCAUCUCUGCCCUUGCAGAAGUGAAUAAGAAGAAAAAGAAGUCUGACUUUAUUCCGUACAGAGACUCUGUACUGACGUGGCUUCUGAGAGAGAAUUUGGGUGGAAACUCUCGGACAGCAAUGGUUGCUGCUCUCAGUCCAGCCGACAUCAACUACGAUGAAACUCUCAGCACUUUAAGGUACGCCGACCGUGCAAAACAGAUAAAGUGCAAUGCAGUCAUUAACGAGGAUCCAAAUGCAAAACUUAUCCGGGAAUUGAAGGAUGAAGUUAUGAGAUUGAAGGACUUGCUGUGCUCUCAGGGCCUGGGAGAUAUCUUAGACAAUUUGAAGGAAAUACAGAACAGUAACCAUAAGUACAAACUAGCUUCAGGAAAUCAAAGGCCUGGCCAUUUCUCCACAGCACCUGUGGGCUCUCUAACAGCGUCACCCUCUUCGACUUCGCUGAGCAGCCAGACCGCGAUUCAGUCAGUGACCAGCCUACAGGAGAGAAUCAUGUCAACUCCAGGUGGUGAAGAGGCCAUUGAACGCUUGAAGGAAUCAGAAAAGAUCAUCGCUGAGCUGAAUGAGACGUGGGAAGAGAAACUUCGGAAAACUGAAGCAAUCAGGAUGGAAAGGGAGGCUCUUCUGGCCGAAAUGGGGGUUGCCAUUCGGGAGGAUGGAGGCACCUUGGGAGUUUUCUCUCCAAAGAAGACGCCACACCUUGUGAACCUCAAUGAGGAUCCUCUCAUGUCAGAAUGUCUACUCUACUAUAUCAAAGAUGGCAUCACAAGGGUCGGCCAGGCCGAGGCACAGAGACGCCAGGAUAUUGUUCUCAGUGGAGCCCACAUCAGAGAAGAACACUGCAGCUUCAGGAGUGACAAGAAUCAAAAUGGAGAAGUUGUUGUAACUUUGGUGCCCUGUGAAGGAUCGGAAACGUAUGUGAAUGGCAAACGAGUCGCCAAUCCAGUAAAACUGCGUUCAGGGAAUCGUAUCAUCAUGGGCAAGAACCACGUGUUCCGAUUCAACCACCCUGAGCAGGCGCGCGCCGAGCGAGAGAAGACCCCGUCUGCGGAGACUCCUGUCGAGCCUGUCGAUUGGGCUUUUGCCCAGCGUGAACUUCUGGAAAAGCAAGGCAUAGACAUGAAGCAAGAGAUGGAGAAAAGACUUCAAGAGAUGGAGAUCCUUUAUAAGAAAGAGAAGGAGGAGGCAGAUCUACUUCUGGAACAACAGCGCUUGGACUAUGAAAGUAAGCUAGAAGCUUUGCAGAAGCAAGUGGAAACUCGCUCUCUGGCUGCAGAAACAACUGAAGAGGAGGAGGAGGAGGAAGAGGAAGAAGAAGAGCCUUGGACCCAGCGUGAGUACGAGCUGGCUGAGUGGGCAUUCAGGAAGUGGAAGUAUCACCAGUUUACCUCCCUACGGGACUUGCUGUGGGGAAAUGCCGUCUACCUGAAGGAGGCUAACGCUAUAAGUGUUGAGCUGAAGAAGAAGGUACAAUUCCAAUUCGUGCUGCUCACCGACACACUCUAUUCCCCACUCCCCCCUGAAUUGCUCCCGGCGGAGGCAGAACUGGAUCGGGAGGUCCGACUGUUCCCGAGGACCGUGGUCGCGGUAGAAGUUCAGGAUCUGAAGAAUGGCGCAACGCAUUACUGGUCCUUGGAGAAACUCAAGCAGAGAUUGGAGCUAAUGCGGGAGAUGUACGAUCGUGCAGGCGAAAUGGCUUCCAAUGUACAGGACGAGAGUGAGAGCUUAAUGACGGGCAGCGACCCUUUCUACGACCGCUUCCACUGGUUUAAACUCGUGGGAAGUUCCCCAAUUUUCCACGGCUGCGUGAACGAGCAUGUUGCUGACCGCACACCCUCGCCCACCUUCUCCACAGCUGAUUCUGACAUCACCGAGCUUGCUGAUGAGCAGCAAGACCAGAUGGAAGAUUUGGACGACGAGGCCUUUGUGGAUGAUACUAGCUCAGAUCUGGGCAAUGAAGAGGCAUCCGACAUCUUCAGCGACGGACGGGAUCCGUUUUAUGAUCGCUCCCCUUGGUUCAUUUUAGUGGGAAGGGCCUUCGUUUACCUCAGCAAUUUGUUGUAUCCCGUGCCCCUUGUUCACAGGAUCGCAAUAGUUAGCGAGAAGGGAGAGGUGCGGGGAUUCCUGCGAGUGGGUGUGCAGGCCAUCACAGCGGAUGACGAGGCACCAGAUUACGGAUCGGGCAUUCGCCAAUCCGGGACUGCUAAAAUCUCAUUUGACGAUGAGUACUUCCAGGAGAGUGGGAUUUCUUCCAUGGUGAUGUCACGCUCUGGGCUGUCACUGGAGGAGCUCAGGAUUGUGGAAGGGCAAGGUCAAAGUGCAGAGGUCGUUACCCCAUCAGAGGAGCUGAACAGAAUCAACGAGCUCGGUUUCAAAUCGAGUACGGAAUUGGAUCCCAAGUUAUCCUCAGAGAGGAUCUCUGACGAUGUUACUGAGCACCUGAAAAUCGGCAGCGUUUUCACGUUCCGGGUGACAGUGUUACAAGCAAGUGGGAUCCCGGCCGAAUAUGCAGACAUCUUCUGUCAGUUCAACUUUCUGCAUCGUCAUGACGAGGCUUUCUCCACAGAACCCCUGAAGAACGGAGGCCGCGGGACACCCCUUGGCUUUUACCACGUUCAGAAUAUUGCUGUUGAAGUAACCGAAUCAUUUGUGGAAUAUAUCAAGAUGAAGCCUAUUGUAUUUGAGGUAUUUGGACACUACCAGCAGCACCCCUAUCAUUACCAAGGACAGGAUUUUAUCAGUAGAACUCCACAACCAGCUCGCAAAUACUUCCCUCCUCCAAUGCCUCUCUCAAAACCAGUGCCAGCCACCAAGCUGAAUGCCGUGAGUAAGCCUAGCCGGGGGCAGUGUGUCAGCAAGUAUGAUCUGCUUGUCUGGUUUGAGAUCAGUGAGCUGGAACCUACUGGAGAGUAUAUUGCUGCAGUGGUGGACCACAGCGGAGGGCUGCCCUGUCAAGGCACUUACCUGCUUCACCAGGGAAUUCAGCGCAGGAUUACGGUCACGAUCGUGCAUGAGAAAGGCAGUGAACUUCACUGGAAGGAUGUUCGAGAGCUCGUUGUUGGGCGCAUCAGGAAUAAACCAGAGGUGGAUGAAGCUGCUGUAGACGCCGUUUUGUCUUUGAAUAUAAUUUCUGCCAAGCACAUCAAAUCUUCAAAUGAUGCUCACAGAAGCUUUUAUCGGUUUGAGGCCGUUUGGGAUAGCUCUUUACACAAUUCCCUCCUCCUAAACCGCGUGACUCCAUAUGGAGAAAGGAUCUACAUGACGCUUUCUGCGUACCUGGAGCUUGACCAUUGCAUCCAGCCAGCAGUGAUCACCAAAGACAUCUGUAUGGUCUUCUACUCCCGGGAUGCCAAGAUUACACCUCCGCGCUCCCUGCGUAACCUGUUUGGCAGCGGCUAUGCAAAGACACCUGACUGUAAUCGAAUAAGUGGUAUUUAUGAGCUUAGCCUGUGCAAAAUGGCAGACAGAGGCAGCCCUGGAAUGCAACGAAGGAGAAGGAAGAUUUUAGACACCUCGGUUGCCUACGUAAGGGGAGAGGAGAACCUGGCCGGCUGGAGACCCCGUGGGGACAGCCUCAUCCUGGAACACCAGUGGGAGCUGGAAAAGCUGGACCUCUUGCACGAGGUUGAGCGGACACGGCACCUGCUGCUGCUGCGAGAGAAACUCAGUGAAGCAGCUCCGAAAUCCCUCUGCGACUCCAUCUCCCCGAGCUUGAGCAGCGGGACGCUCAGCGCCUCCACCAGCAUCUCCUCGCAGAUUUCCACCACCACGUUCGAGAGCGCUGUUACCCCCAGUGAAAGCAGCGGCUACGACUCCGCAGACAUUCAAAGCCUGGUGGACCGGGAGAAGGAACUGGCAACCAAGUGCCUACGACUUCUCACACACACCUUCAACAAGGAACUGAACCAAGUCUGCAGCAGCAUCAGUGACAGCAAACUGUCCGACGUGAAUUCCCCCAUUGGCCGCGAUGCAUCUGUGUCCAGUUUCAGCAGCAGCACACUUACUCCUUCUUCCACCUGCCUGUCACUCGCAGAUUCCAGCUGCAACUCAGUCGAUCAGAAGACUCCUGAAGCCAACUCUCGAUCCUCUAGUCCCUGUAUGGAGUUUGACGGCUUCCCCAUGGUUACUCGAGUAGAAACUUCAUACCUAGCCAGAGCAGGAAAGAACGAAUUCCUGAACCUUCUUCCUGACAUUGAAGAGAUCAGAACUGGCCCCGUGGUGUCGAAGAAAGGAUACCUGCAUUUCAUGGAGCCUCAGUCGAAUUCUUGGGUGAAGCAUUAUGUUGCAAUCCGCCGCCCUUACGUGUUCAUAUACAACAGUGACAAGGACCCUGUGGAGCGAGGCAUUCUGAACCUGUCCACGGCUCAAGUGGAAUACAGUGAAGAUCAGCAGGCGAUGCUCAAGACAGCAAAUACCUUUGCAGUGUGCACAAAGCAUCGCGGAAUACUUCUGCAAGCGAGCAACGACAAAGAUAUGUACGAUUGGUUGUAUGCUUUCAAUCCACUGCUGGCUGGUUCAAUCAGGUCAAAACUCGCUCGAAGACGUUCAGGGCAACCAACUAUGUGAAGGAAAGCGUUCAGCAGAGAGCAGGAAAUGACGUAGUGAUUCUGACUUGCCUUCUGAACAUUCAAGUGUUGCUCUUAACCGUAGUGAAUCCUGAGCAUUUCUCUUGUACAUGUAGAUCUGUGGCUUAAUACUCUGUCUAAGCACCUUUUUUAUUUUCCGGUUAACAAAAUGCUUUUUGUUUUACAUCCGUUCCGAAUCUGGUAGUAGCAUGUUGUAAAAUAGUCAAGUCCGUGCACGAUUAACCACCUUUCUUCACUCCUGCUUUUUCCUCGUGUCUGUAGGAUGUCCUCAUCUCUGCUACCUAUCAAACUGCAGCCCUUGAGGUGUGGCUGCGUGAUAACCGCAGCUGGCUACAGGUCUGGCAGUUACACGAGAGGCAGGGAGGCUCGUGUCUGCUGGGUGGUAUUUUAGGGACGCUGUGUGUGUUCUGGCGUAUAAUGCUUCCUAAUCUCCGGUACUCUGGAAUGUUGGCAGCUGCCACGAGGUAGCAGCUGUGAACUUUGCAGGGCUGCUGGGUUUAGGCUGAAACUCAUUCUGAACAUGCUACAUCGGAGAGCGCGCAAGCAGGUUUACACAGAGCGGCUGGUGAAUUCGCCAGUCCAUAAUGUCGAUAGAACAAGAGCAGCAACCAUUUGGGAAAGCAACUGGAAUUCAACACUGUCUUACUCGGAUGCUGCGGCAUCUCGGCACUCUUCUCCCUUGUCAACUCUCUCUCCUCGAGUGCGCAUCUGCCUUCCGAAGUUCACCACCGACUCCUCUUUAUGCAGCAGCAAGAUCUGACCAGCGAUGCACGUGGUUCUCAGCUUCCCGAGCAACGGGGUGCCGGUGUUUUGGUGAGGAACCGGAGGGCGGUCUUCACAGAUUGGGUAUAAUGUCUUAAAAUAGCCGGCGUCCUUGCCAGAUGGAGAACUGAAAACGUUUCUACAAAUCACGCAGCAAGCUGUAUUUUUUUUAAAAAAAAUAUAGAUUCAGAGAACACUGCAGCCCUACACAGGCACUCCAAGCCCACAAUGUGCCCAUCUACUCCAAGAUCAAUCCAACUCUUCCCUCCCACAUAACCAUUCUUCUAUCACCCAGGAGUCCCUUAAAUGCCCCUAAUGUAUCUGCCUCAACUACUGCCCCUGUGUGUUCCAUGCACCACAACACUCUGUGUAUAUAAAAAAAACCUACCUCUGAGAUCCCCCUACACUCUCCUCCAAACACCUUAAUACCUCUGGUAUUAGCCCUUUCUGUCCUGGGGAAAAAGUUCCUUGACUGUCCACUCAACCUAUGCCUCAUCUUGCAUGCCUCUCAUUCUCCUUUGCUCCGAAGAGGAAACCCCUGGAUUAUUCAACCUUCCCUUGUAAAACGUGCUCUCCAGUCCAGGCAACAUCCUGGUAAACCUCCAGUGGCCUCCCUCCCCUCCGAAGCUUCCACAUCUUUCCCACGCUGAGGCAACUGAACACAAUAUUCCAAGUGUGGUCUAACCAGGCUCUUAUAAAGCAGCAUUGUGUUCUCACAUUUAAUCAGAAGUUCCUGGAACUAAGUUGCCCUCUAAUCCAUUAGGUCACAUUAAGGAGUUUACUCACUCCUGACCUUUUCUCUACUGGAUCACUUGCAGGGAAAGCUGCUACUUUGAAAGGAAGAGGGUUGUUAGGAAGUAGCAGUGUAAAAAAAAUUAGGAUGAUUUUAAGGUGCAUAUUUGUGCCUGGGGCUACCCAACGGAGCUUAUAGCAACAGUUAUAUACAGGAUUAGUCCUACCAUCUGGGCUUUGAAAUGUCAGGAGAUGCUCUUCAGAGUGAUGCAGUCUUCGGACUUCAGAUUCAUUUAUUUAUCGCACACAGUGAAAUGCAGUGUUUCCGUAAACAACCAUCGCAACCCAAGGAUAUGCUGGGGGCAGCCCGCAAGUGGCACGGCAGGGCACGUCCACAAUGUUCAGCAUCACGUAAACAGAACAACACAAGCAAUAGCAGCAAAACAAAUAGGCCCCUUUCCUCUCUCCCACCCCACUCACAAAGGCAGUCAGGCCUCCAACCCCAGGGCAGGCCACCAACAGCCUCUAGUGGACUCGCAGACACCAGGCUGGGAGGAGGUUUCAUUUCAUAUUUUCCCCCUGUAUUUAUACAUUUUUUUUAAUAAUUUUCACAAUCUGUUCCGUGGCUCUGCAGUCAGUGAAGCAUCUUCAAAGUCUCUCGCCUUCAGCCUAACCCUGUAUACGACAGGCUGAGCAUGGCCAUUUAAAGGCAUUCGCACAUCAGCCUUUCUCAAAUCCUCUCGUGCUUGUCCUCGUCAACGCAUCACCUAAAGAAAUCCCAUCAAUCUGUUUAGCUGCAGGUCAACUAAAUCGGAUGCUGCCUGAAGAGACGUCGGUGUUUGUGGAAAUAUUGGCUCAUGGAACUGUAAUGAAGAAGUGAAAGCAGCAGGCUACACGAGAAUGUAGAUUUUUUUUUAAAUUGGAAAAACAUUCAGGGUGUGUUUGGCUAUGAUGUCGUGCCUGCCAAACUGUUGCAGGAACGAAACAUUGCUGGCUCAUCAAAUUAACACUGGCUCCCCCAGGCAGCUUCGAAAGCCCUCCGUUCACUGCAGAGCUUCCUUCUAAAGCUCUGGUUGCUCUCAGAUGAGGAAACAGAAUCACUCGCCUACAAAUGCUUAAGGUAUCACACUUUCCCACUAAAGAACAGACACAGGCACAGGACGUCGCAGAGAAUUUAUGGUCAGGUUCAGUUAACAGACCAUCACUGCUGAUUAUCAGACAGUAAACAUGCACUUUUUCUUCGAAAAUUACUGAAGGUCAUAAUUUCCAUAAUAAAGUUUGACCAAAAGGGACCCUGGUAGUGAUAUUGACUGGAAUUUUCAUAGAACAGUUACCUAGAGACUGUAAGCUGCUUUAAUAGCUGGUCAGCACUGAUUUAGUUGAGUAGAAAUGAAGGGGAUUUGUUAGACAUUUAUUGGGGAGAGGGAGCCCUCUUUGAUUGAAUUGUCCACUGCAGGAGUUACCAGGAUGAAUGUGGUUUUGGCAAGUCGAUUAAGAAUUGGAUGGCAGCAAUUGACUGGUGUUUGAUUUUCAUUUUUUUUUUGCUGUUAUGAGAUGACUUUGAGAAGGUUUGGUCUUUGCUCUGAAUAUCUGAGAAACAAUUUUAAUCUUGAAACUGGAUUUCCAAUCCUUAAUAAGGUCCGCAUUCCCUAAAUCCUAGCUUGAUUUUAUCUGUAACAACAGCUGCUUUUUUUUUUAAAGUUAAAUUUGUAAUAAAAACAAUGCAUAUUAGGAAAGUUUUAAGUUAAGUAUAUUUAUUUAAUUACUGUAAGUGCAUCUGGGCUUCAAUUACUUGUACAGCUUGAUUAAUAUGAAAUAAAUAAUGAAAUAUAAACGUAGUAAAUCAAAUAUUAAAUAUGCAAAUCUGUCACUUCUUCCAGAUGGAACAUAAUUCACAAGCAUGGACAAAUCAUUUGUGCUGUCUCUGUAUUGAAUAACCUUAAUGCACCUUCCCUGUAGAUAUCUAAUAGAACCAUGAAUCAUAAGACACAAAUGAUUCAGAAGGAGAUUAUUUGUGGGUUUUUUUUAAAGCAAAAAUAAAAUGAAGAAACAGGAUUUUUGGAGCAUAAGUGGGAUUAAUUCACUUAUGUACAAGAUCAGCUGUAUUAUAAAAGACAUAAAAAGUGUCCUCCUUUCCUUUGAAUUCCUGACACUAAACUUUGUUUAACUGGCCUUGAGCAUUCUAAUUCUAAGCUGUAAAAACCUGCUUGAAAGAACAGAGGACAUGACUGAGGCCAGCAAACCUGCAGACCAUGAUGUCACCGGUGCAGAGGUCAAAGUGCUCAAGGUCACUUAGUGAGGACUCAAACCUAUUAAAUAGUUUAAUACACCUAAUGUUGUUGGUCCCUUGUCAACAAAAGCACAUCAUUUUACUGUUAAAAUUUAUCUAUUUUAAUGUAUUUUGCAGUAUUUUUGUUUAAAACAAUUGCCACAUUUUAAAAAAUUGCCAUAGCUGUAUUUCCUUCCAACUUGCAUUAAGAGUAUUCAAGUCUCGAAGAAGAACUGGUAGUUUUCACAUUAAAACCUCCAAAGUUUAACAGAUAGCACAAAACAAAUCGCUGAAAUAUGUUCAUUAAUAUUUCCACUCAAGAGAAUGACACCCACCCCUGCUUAUUAUCUGUGUAGGAUUCUGAAGAUACAGCAUUAUGUGGAUGUUGGUAUGGAAGAAGGAACUCGGCUCAGUGACUUUGUUUUAUUGAUGCAGUUCAUUGAGUGCCUGAAACUAGCCAGUUUACAGAGCAUUCAGUGAGAGACACCGUGCUGGAGGCCAGCCAACCUCUGGAGCACGGGUAACAAAACGGUUGAUUCGUAGAAAUAUUACCGGCCCUCUGUUGGUCAGUUAAUGUUUCUGUGCCUGUAGAAUCAGACUGAAUGAUUUCUGUGCACUAAGCAACUGCAUAUUUUCAAAUCAGUGCAAUAUAUUUAGGGUCCAUAUAAUGACCAUGAGAAAAGGAAGGCAGAUAGAAUGUUAAAGGAAGACCUGAUUAUGUCUAUUUUAUUAAAAUGUGCAAGAGAAAUCCUUCUGUUCCAGGUCAGACAGAUAUUUAUAAUCACAACUUAUUAGCCUUGCAACGUUGAAAAUCCAGUUUCAUUGGGGAGACCCAAAUCUGUUCACACCUUUAAAGAUGCAUCCAGGUAUUAUCAGAGCAAAGGUCCUUUCAGCUGCCUCUCCCAGUUUUAUUAUUAUGUUCUGUGUAAUGUUUAGCUGGUGCAUUGUUUAUCUUUUUAUGAAUUGUUUGCAGUAAAUUGCACAUGUUUUACAGACAUAUACUACAGAAAAGACUGAAAUUUGCUGUGGGAUACUGUGUAUUCCCACACCAAACUGCACCUUGGGGUGGAGCAUAGACAGUCAUUUGGGUUCUGUGACUGAAUAGGAAAUAGCUCAAGGGGGGGG